GCUAACUUAGUAGCUCAGUUAGCAGCUCCUAAAAGUUCUGUUAUCACCCAUGUCCUUUGGUGUGUGCGAGAGCUUCUUUCGUAUGUUUGUGGGGGGGUACCUCCCUGAAAUGGGUUUUUGCAACUUGGGAUAUCUGUGUAUAUUAUAUUGACCCGUGACUUGACUCGGACUCUAGCCUAAAGACUCGUGACUGGACUGGGACUCGUAUUUUGUGACUUGUGAACAUCUCUGCUGGGUUUACGGUUGGUACCGGUACAGGGGGAACAUGGCGGUGCAGUGGAUGCAGUGUGGGAGGAGAUGGUACAGAGGAAUCACUGAAGUCUUCUCCUGCAGUGCACUGAGAGUAACACCAGCAUGUUCUAACAGAGGAGCUGGUACUGGUUUACACUCACUGUCUCAGGUUAGACAUCUACAUGUACCAGUUAGAACCAACACUUUUGCAAGGUACAGAAGUAGAUUUUUUCAUCCAGUGACAAGUUGCAGUAGCUGUAGGAUACACAGUGACACAAAGCCAAAAGAUCCUUUUUCACUUGCACAAGAUGACCUCAACAACUUAUAUGAGGAUAUUAAAAAGCAGCUGCUGAUGUCCAAAGCGGAGCUGAAAGCACUGUGUGAUUAUUACUUUGAUGGCAAGGGUAAGGCGUUUCGACCCAUGAUUGUGGUGCUAAUGGCCAGAGCCUGCAACAUUCACAGCAACAAAAACGGAGAUCUUCUCCCAGCUCAGCGCUCUAUAGCCAUGAUCUCAGAGAUGAUCCACACUGCCAGCUUGGUGCACGAUGACGUUAUCGAUGGUGCUGAUAUGAGGAGAGGAAAGACCACCAUUAACGAGGUGUGGGGGGAGAGAAAGGCCAUCCUGGCUGGAGAUUUCAUCCUGUCUACAGCGUCUAUGGCACUCGCUCGCAUCGGCAACAACGCAGUCGUGUCUGUACUCUCCCAGGUUAUAGAGGACCUGGUAAGAGGUGAAUUUAUGCAACUGGGAUCCAAAGAGAACGAGAAUGAGAGGUUUAAACACUAUCUAGAGAAAACGUUCAAGAAGACGGCCAGUCUGAUAGCGAACAGCUGUAAAGCAGUGUCAAUUCUGGUCAGCUCGGAUCCUGAGGUUCACGAGAUCGCUUACCAGUAUGGCCGAAACGUAGGCAUUGCCUUCCAGCUGGUGGAUGACGUGCUGGACUUCACAUCGUGUGCUAAUCACCUGGGCAAGCCUUCAGCUGCAGAUCUGAAACUGGGUUUGGCCACCGGACCUGUUCUGUUUGCUUGUAAACAGUUUCCUGAACUGCACUCUAUGAUAAUGAGACGCUUCGAUUCAGAAGGAGACGUGGAUCGGGCCUGGCAAUACGUCCUGGAGAGCGAUGGAGUGGAGCAGACAAGUUACCUCGCCUUGCGGUACUGCCACGAAGCCACGCGUCAGAUCAGCCGACUGCAGCCCUCACCCGAGCGCGACGCUCUGAUCCGUCUCACAGAGCUCGUCCUCAAACGAGACAAAUGAGCCUGGAGUCUCCGGAUCGCCCACACAGGCAGCUACACAACUGUACCAUGAUUUACAAAAGUACACACAUACAGCAGGAUGCCCAGGUUCAGUCAGGCAGUCACGGCACGCUGCAGCACACACACGGUGUGUUAAUGCUGGGACAACACUCGCUACACCAUGCUGAAUAUGUCUGUCUAGAACUGAUGUGGACACCUGCACCUUAAGAACUCCCCCAAAACAGCUAAUUAAAGAAAGAAGGCCCUGGUAAGCAUGGUGCAAAUGAUCGUGCGUACUGGUACGUGCGUUCAGCAUCAGCAUUUUUGGGUGACUGAAAUAUAUUCGUUUUGCAAAAAACGAAGACGUGAAAUAUUUACACUGUAUUGUACUGUACUGUACACUCCCUCUCCUGCAGAAGCCUGGCAUCAUGGUGGAGGAGGAUGCGUGGAGUGAUUUCAGGCAUGAUAUGGCUGUGAGCCUUUAUUACACCUCCAGAAUGUCCGUCCAAGCCCCGCUGGCCAAAUCGUGUCAUGUUCUGAACGUUCAGCUCUGUCCUCAAUGUGGUUUUACAUCACUUAUAUGACAACAGCCUUAAAUCAUAAAAGAUGUGAUAUUAAAAAAAGAUAUUUUAUAAGUUUGA